UUUUUUUUUUUUCUUCCAUUUUUUUUUUUUUUAGUUUUUUUUGUUUUCCUUUUUUAUUAUUUUUUAUUCCCCCCCCCCUACUCUUUACUUUCUUUCAAGUUCUAUUAAUCUAAAAGUUAGUUAUUAUACUAACAUUGAACAACAAUGGAUCAUUCAAAAUACAACGACAAUAAUGAUAAUAAUAAUAAUGAACAACCGAAUACCUUUGCUUCUAUACCCGAACGAGAUUAUGUGAAUACAGUAGGUCAUGCAUCUGUAGGAUCAGAUGUUGACUUGGCGUGGUUACGACAACUUUACUUGCCCAAGGUAUCACCAGAGAAAACGAUAUUAGAAGAUGGAACAGUACAAUAUCAUAUGCAACGAAGUUAUCCAGCCAUUCGUCAACUCAGUCCAGCCAAGCGUGAACGAAUCCUUGUCACUGGAGGUGCUGGUUUUGUGGGUUCUCAUUUGGUGGAUCGUCUCAUGUGGAUGGGUCAUGAAGUUAUUGUACUGGAUAACUUUUUCACUGGCUCUAAACGUAAUGUACAACAUUGGAUUGGUCACCCUCAUUUUGAAUUGGUUAGUCAUGAUGUAGUUGAUCCUUUUAUGAUUGAAGUAUCUCAGAUAUAUCAUUUGGCCUGUCCUGCAUCUCCUCCUCAUUACCAGUACAACCCUACCAAAACAGUCAAAACCAGUGUUAUGGGAACUAUCAAUAUGUUGGGUUUAGCAAAACGAACAAAGGCAAGAUUCUUAUUGACUUCCACUUCUGAAAUCUAUGGUGAUCCUGAAGAGCAUCCACAAAAAGAAACCUAUUGGGGACAUGUCAAUCCUAUUGGACCACGCGCUUGUUAUGAUGAAGGGAAACGAAUUGCCGAAACAUUGACGUAUUCUUAUAUGCGACAAAAUGAUGUGGAUGUUAGAGUAGCUCGAAUAUUCAAUACUUUAGGACCACGGAUGUCACCUGCAGAUGGACGAGUGGUCAGCAAUUUUAUCAUGCAGGCUAUUAAAGGGGAACCUUUGACACUCUAUGGGGAUGGGGACCAAACACGAUCAUUUCAGUAUGUACAUGAUCUUGUGGAUGGUUUGAUUUUAUUGAUGAACAAGAAUUUUAUGGAACCUGUUAAUCUGGGAAAUACAGAAGAAUAUACCAUCAAGGACUUUGCAUAUAUGAUUCGAGAUCAAGUAUUGACAUCACCUGUGCCAACACCUGUGAAUGAAGUUGAAAUCAAGAUUUUACCAGCUGCCAUGGAUGAUCCAAAAAAACGAAAGCCAGAUAUUUCACGUGCUAAAAAGUAUUUGGGAUGGGAACCAAGAUUUGCUGUCAAACAAGGAUUACAAGAAACUGUGGAUUGGUUCAAGUUACAAGUGGCUGAAGGUGCUAUUUGAUCGAUUGAUGUUUUCCCCUUUCGUUUAGAAUUCUGCUUUACAUAUCAUUCAUGUUUUCUUUUUUAUCUCUAUCUUCAAUCCCCUCAAUUAUGUUAUAGGCAUUAUUGUCAAAUUCCUCUUUUAUUAAUAUAUCUUUUUGAAUCAAUUGAAUAAAACUGUUCUAUUCCUCUAUUCUAUUGGACCGGAUUUCCGGGGCACCGUUUUUUAGAUUUCGGACUGUAAAAACGACAAUCUGAUAAGGACGAGAG